CAGGUAGAGGGGCAGACAGGUAGGGGCAGGUGGACAGGUAGGGUAGGUUGUACUCUCUCGUAUCAUCCACCCCGCGAGUAAAAGCAGGAGCAGGCGAGCACCGGCAGGCUGCCGAGUAAGGAAGACAGAGAGAGGCGAGGCGAGUCGGCGCGCCAGGGAGAGAGACGGCGAGCGUGCGGCGCCUGCGUGCUUGAUUCUUGAGAGCGAGCCCCUCAUCCGAAAUCCAGGAUCCCAGUCGCGAGCGCGCCGCCGGUACAAGCCAUUCGCAGGAGCACGGGCACGACGGUCGCCGACCUGGCCUGGCCACCCGGCGGCGAGGGGCGCACUCCACCCACUCUCGCGAGUCGCGACACGUUACUCCGCGAGCCAACAAGUCAGCAUCCACGAGGUCCCGAUACCGGCCGGUGUUCGCCUCUAUCUCGCCAUUCGCGCUCCCGGAUCAUCGUUCCUGGAUCAUCCGUCGUCACACCUCGAUCCCUGGAUUCUGGAUCGCACGGAGGUGUCGAGCCGGGCAAAAGUUCGCCGCGUGGAUCGUGGUCGGGUGUCGAUCUCUCUUGGUCUGUUUCUUGGUGAGGAUCGAGGACGAGUUCGGUGAUCGAGCGGAGGAGAUCGAAGAGAGUCGACGGACAGGGAGAGCGCGGUUGAGUUAUCGGUUGUUGGCAGGACCGAGACUGAGUUGAUGAUUUUGCUCAACGAAGAGCGAUCGAGGUGGUGCGCAUUAGACGUCGAAAAUUUUCGCUGGAUCGGAACCGCGACGAGCAGAAGGAGAGCCGAUCGGCGAUCGGCCCACCGCCGAUCGGGAGUCUCGCGGGAGCGGAAUAAAAAAUUUACUCCGCGGAUCCGACCGCGAGUGGUUCCGAGUCGUUAGAUUACGAGACAGUAGUCGAGAGGGAAGACCAAGUCCGGGCAGUGGCCGGAUGUCAAUGAACUCGCGUGAACGAAGCACAUUGGAGAGAUGAAGUGUGACGCGAAGUUCGAGGGAACGAGUGUCCGCGGAAAUCCGGACUGCCUUUCAGCGGGGAUCGAAAUAGCCAACAGGUCUUUACGAAGGUAAAAGCUACGUAAUGAUAUUCAACGAUCCGCAUUCGAUCCGGCUCUGAAGGGAAGCGCAGCGGAGGCGCAGCUUCCGACCAGCGGGGAACUCUCUAGCGGUUCGAGAGGAAAGAGAGAGAGAGAAAGAGAAAGAGAGAGAUGCUCGAAAAGUGAUAUCGUCGAGGAGAAUUGAGCGAUUUGAUAAAUGUGCUGCACUGAUAAAUGAAUUACGAAGCACCGAUAUCGCGCUGUUGUCUGUGCUGGGAUUACUUAGGCGAUUGAGAAAGUUGCGGAGAAUUCAGGAGUCCGCCAGGAUCGAGGUGGCACAGGGAUUCGGAUGCACCGGAGCGGAAGCGUUUCGCCUCGUUAUUCGUCCUGGCCAUCACAAAUUUACCACUCGGACGGUGAUCACGCUAAUAAGGACCGACGACAUCAUACCGGCCACCGCAGCAUAAAUUAAUUUGUAGGAGCGUACACAUAUUGAGAAUCUCCGUUCCAAUGUGCAGCACUAGUCACUGACGAUUUCGACGUAAGCGCGAAGUUCAACGAUGUAGCACAGUUUCUCACGGAACGACCUGUUGAUGAAGUAUGGGUUGGUUCUUCCUUGCCAGUAUCUUGUUGCUCUCCUUAUGCGGGUGCUGUGAAACUGUCAAUCACAUUUUUCGCAAACCUGACGCGGCGGGAGCGCCGAUGCCACAGAGUGGAAGUGGGAGCCACGGUCAACCGCAGGCCGGUUCGUCGCCGAGCACCCCGGGCCCCGGCGGCGGUGGUUCUACCGGUGGUGCUACCGGAAGCGGCGGCGGUGGCGGCGGCGGCGGCGGCGGCGGCAACGGUGGCGGUAACGGUGGCGGAGCUACCACCGGCCCUGCUGGAGCUGCGUCUGCCCCGGCUGCCUCUUUCGGUGUUACCGGUGGGUCCAUCGCCGGUGGAACGACCGGCGGUGGAGCCGGCGGCGGUGCCGCUGCUUCCGGGACCGGCUCCAAGGGGCCCGCUCGUCGUGGUCGAGGGUGGCGCGAUUGGCGUCGCGGCGAUCCUACCCUCAUCAAGGGCCUGUGGAAGUCCAAGGGUCCACUAGAUUCGCUAGGACAGGCGGAGAUCUACAUCAUCGUGGCUCUCCUGAUCGGCUUCUUCACUGUGGUAAUCGGCUGCUGGCUGUCCGACAACUGCUGGUCGCCGGAGCCGGAAGGGGUGGUCACCCUCGCAUAGCCUAGUGCCGACUUCCGUGCCUCCAGGCGAUAACAACUACUACGACGCCCCUCCUACAGGAUUCUUCAGGACCUCGGCCGCUACACGUCGGAUCAUCAUGGUAACGCCACAUCCGGCAGCGUCAUCAGCGGCAAUCAUCGACCGUUGCUCGACAUCAACGACAAUGACACGCUGUUGCGCGUAUAAGCGCGCAGGGACCCUCCGCCUCGUCGAAGAGGUAUCGCUCGACCGAAAUGACACCUCUCUCGCAAGUUCCUAUUUCGCAAGGGACGAGUUUUCGAGCGGGGUUUCUUGAGCGCGCGCGCGCGGGAAAAGAGACAUGAGUCAGGGAAGGAAAUGAAAUUUGAAAGGACGAACUGUAAGAUUUUUCGCUCUGCCGAUCACAUAUCGAUUUCUCGAAGUCGCAAGAGCUAGGGAAAAAUUUGCUCGUCACUUCCGCAGUGCCAAUCGAGAGCUGGCGAGUACUCGAAUUGAUUACUAAACUAACGACGUUUCGUAUACGCGGCAGACGAUGUUAACUUGUUUGUAACUCAAUCGAGAUGAUCUCUAAGACUGACUCUGCAAAUUGUAAGUCAGUUCCUUUCGCGCCGUUAUAUAAACAAUUUCCUUUCUCCCGCACACACAGCACGUUUUGAUUCGAACGCAAACAGUACUAUUGGAGAUAUACACUCUACGCCCAAUUGUUAGUCGUUAAUUUGAUCGGUGCCUAAUUAACCAGGCAUUAACUGCGCAUUCAGCGGCAUUGUUACGCCGAGUCCGGAGUACUCGCGAUGAAUAUCAAUACCGCGGGCUAUUAUCGCUUGUUACGCAAUCAGGCGACGAGCAAGCUUUCAGAGAUAACUUGGAGAUAAUUGAUUUUGCUCGGAGGAAGGCACGGUGUACCGAAGGGAGAUCUGUCCGAUAUAUUAGCAGACGCCGAAAGAGGAAGAUCUCUGAAGUAGAACCAUCUCGAAUCCAUUUGCCAUCGAUACAAAACGCCAUUUGUCAUAAUGCACGUCGUGAAAUAUACGAAUGAAAUCCACGUUCUCAGUCCAUCUUUUUUACUUCUUUUCACGAUCAGACAAUCUCUCGCCGACUAUUUAAACUCCCAAGCGCGACUCCCGAAGAUUCGUUCCUCGAUUCAUCCCGCGGGCUCGCGCGGCUCCCACGUCGAAUCUUCGAGUCGAAUCGCCUUUACGACCGACGGAAUUGCGUUUUCCAAUUUCAAGGUGAAGUAAAGUUUGAAGGCUCUAUCUCAUCUCCUUCCCUUCCCUUCCCUUCUCUCCUCUCCUCCCCGUCCUCCGUCCCUUGUCCGUUCGGACGUCCGGUCGCGAAAUCCGAUCGGGUUCGUAUGCGCGAACAGAACGAACGGGAACCAACGAAGUUCUUAUUGCGAUAAUAGGGCGAAGUUGCUGCGUCGGACGGCGACACGCCGGUGGCCGCAACUUCGCGUUGCGGCUGUGCGCGGUGUCCGAAAUGGGUCAACAGCCGCGGCCACCGCGCCCUCCCUCAUCCCCUCGCCGUGGGCACGUAACGUCAUUAAGGCGCAUCGCAUCGAAACGAGCGGCGAGAAGCGCGUGCAUGCGGCUGUGGAUAACGACUUCGCCCACAUGUCUUAAUCAUCGUGCUGCACGUUUAUGAUGUCGACCGCGUACCCGUCGGGAAAGGCUCCGGAUCCGUAAUUAACUCCCGAUGAACCCUGGCGCGAAUUCCCGUUCGACCGUCCUCUCGAAUUUCGACGCCACUCUAUAUUAAUUUUGUCGUCAAUCUCCCAUCAGUCAUUAAUCGCUUCAUUAUCUAACAUAUCGUAUCGUAUUAGGAGACUACUUUUCACUUCUCGUACAUCGUCAUCGGUGAAAUUUGACGAGCCCGCGUACUUCAAGUCGUAAUUCAAUGUUCGAACUUUAAUUGAGAACGCGACGAUAAUUGAUACUUUUUUUUUUAUUUUUUUUUAGCAAAAAUUUGACAUAUUCUGGCAAUUGUGAAAAAAAGUUUUUACGUAAAACAUGAAUGCUAGAAAUUUUAUUUUUUUAGAGAAACACACACGAUUGUUGAUUAAUUUUUUCUGUAAUCCUACACACAAAAAUCUAAUCUAAUAUUAUACUUAUGCGUAUAGAAAAAAUAUCAAAUCUGCUGUCAAGAAAAGCGAUUACUCCAUUUAGCUUUUUUCUUCUAGUAACACUUAUUUUUAACAAGAAUAUUUUCUUGAUAACAUACUCAUUGCAAA